GAGGCGGAGGCCGGGGGCCAAUCGCCGCGGAGCUGCGUGUCGGUCGCGCGCUCUGAUUGGACAGCGGGGAAGCCCGUCAGUUUAUUGGCCCCACUGAUCCCGCCCCGGAGCUCAGGGCAGCCUUUACCCUUUGGCCCCAGCGGGCGCCAGCCACUCAGAUCGCUUCUUGUUGGUAUGUGUAGCGGCAGUGGCCGCCGACGGAGCAGUCUGAGCCCGACGAUGAGGCCGGGGACUGGAGCCGAGCGUGGAGGCCUCAUGGUGAGUGAAAUGGAGAGCCAACCUCCCUCGCGGGGUCCCGGGGACGGGGAGCGGAGAUUGUCCGGCUCAAACCUGUGCUCCAGUUCUUGGGUCUCUGCUGACGGCUUCCUGAGGAGACGGCCCUCGAUGGGGCAUCCUGGCAUGCAUUACGCACCAAUGGGAAUGCACCCUAUGGGUCAGAGAGCAAACAUGCCUCCUGUACCUCACGGAAUGAUGCCGCAGAUGAUGCCCCCUAUGGGAGGGCCUCCAAUGGGACAAAUGCCUGGAAUGAUGUCUUCUGUAAUGUCAGGAAUGAUGAUGUCUCAUAUGUCUCAGGCUUCCAUGCAACCUGCCUUACCGCCUGGAGUAAAUAGUAUGGAUGUAGCAGCAGGUGCAGCAUCUGGUGCAAAAUCAAUGUGGACAGAACAUAAAUCACCCGAUGGAAGGACUUAUUAUUACAAUACUGAAACAAAACAGUCUACCUGGGAAAAACCAGAUGAUCUUAAAACACCUGCUGAGCAACUCUUGUCUAAAUGCCCGUGGAAAGAGUACAAAUCUGAUUCUGGGAAGCCUUAUUACUAUAAUUCUCAAACGAAAGAGUCCCGCUGGGCCAAACCAAAGGAACUUGAGGAUCUUGAAGGAUACCAGAAUACCAUUGUUGCUGGAGGUCUUAUUACAAAAUCAAACCUGCAUGCUAUGAUCAAAGCUGAAGAAAGCAGCAAGCAAGAAGAAUGUACUACAACGUCAACAGCCCCAGUUCCUACAACAGAAAUUCCUACCACUAUGAGCACCAUGGCUGCUGCAGAAGCAGCAGCUGCUGUUGUUGCUGCUGCUGCAGCCGCUGCAGCAGCUGCUAAUGCCAAUACUUCCACCACACCUACUAACACUGUGGGAAGUGUUCCAGUUGCUCCUGAGCCUGAAGUUACUUCCAUUGUUCCUGCUGUUGUCGAUAAUGAAAAUGCAGUAACUAUAUCCAAUGACGAACAAGCACAAAUUGCUAAUGCCACAGCCAUUCAAGAUUUAAGUGGUGACAUUUCCAGUAACGCUGGAGAGGAACCAUCUAAACAAGAAACUGUAACCGAUUUUACUCCUAAAAAAGAAGAGGAAGAGAGCCAACCAGCAAAAAAAACAUACACUUGGAAUACAAAGGAGGAGGCUAAGCAAGCAUUUAAAGAAUUAUUGAAAGAAAAGCGGGUACCCUCUAAUGCUUCGUGGGAGCAAGCUAUGAAAAUGAUCAUUAAUGAUCCUCGGUAUAGUGCUUUAGCAAAGCUGAGUGAAAAAAAGCAGGCUUUUAAUGCCUAUAAAGUCCAGACGGAGAAAGAGGAAAAAGAAGAAGCAAGAUCAAAAUACAAAGAAGCUAAGGAAUCUUUUCAGCGUUUUCUUGAAAAUCAUGAGAAAAUGACUUCCACAACCAGAUACAAAAAAGCCGAGCAAAUGUUUGGGGAGAUGGAAGUUUGGAAUGCUAUAUCAGAGCGUGAUCGUCUUGAAAUCUAUGAAGAUGUUUUGUUCUUCCUUUCAAAAAAAGAAAAGGAACAAGCAAAGCAGUUACGAAAGAGAAAUUGGGAAGCCUUAAAAAACAUACUUGACAACAUGGCUAAUGUCACGUAUUCUACUACUUGGUCUGAAGCCCAGCAGUAUCUGAUGGAUAAUCCAACAUUUGCAGAGGAUGAAGAGUUACAGAACAUGGAUAAAGAAGAUGCACUAAUAUGCUUUGAGGAACACAUCCGGGCUUUAGAAAAGGAAGAAGAAGAAGAAAAACAGAAGACUUUGUUGAGAGAAAGGAGGCGGCAGCGUAAAAAUAGGGAAUCUUUUCAGAUAUUCUUAGAUGAACUACAUGAACAUGGACAACUGCAUUCUAUGUCCUCUUGGAUGGAACUGUAUCCAACUAUUAGUUCUGACAUUAGAUUCACUAAUAUGCUCGGUCAGCCGGUUUUUUCAUUAGGAUCAACUGCACUUGAUCUUUUCAAGUUUUAUGUUGAAGAUCUUAAAGCACGUUAUCAUGACGAAAAAAAGAUAAUAAAAGACAUUCUGAAGGAUAAAGGAUUUGUAGUUGAAGUAAACACCACUUUUGAAGAUUUUGUGGCAAUAAUAAGUUCAACAAAAAGAUCAACUACUUUGGAUGCUGGAAAUAUCAAGUUGGCUUUCAAUAGUUUACUAGAAAAGGCAGAAGCCCGUGAACGUGAAAGAGAAAAAGAGGAAGCACGAAAAAUGAAAAGAAAAGAGUCUGCAUUUAAGAGUAUGUUGAAACAGGCUGCUCCUCCAAUAGAGCUGGAUGCUGUCUGGGAAGACAUCCGGGAGAGAUUUGUAAAAGAACCAGCAUUUGAAGACAUAACUCUAGAAUCUGAAAGAAAAAGAAUAUUUAAAGAUUUCAUGCAUGUGCUUGAGCAUGAAUGUCAACAUCAUCAUUCAAAGAACAAGAAACAUUCUAAGAAAUCUAAAAAACACCAUAGGAAACGAUCCCGCUCUCGAUCGGGAUCAGAUUCAGAUGAUGAUGAUAGCCAUUCAAAGAAAAAAAGACAGCGAUCAGAGUCCCAUUCUGCUUCAGAACAUUCUUCUAGUGCUGAAUCUGAGAGAAGUUAUAAGAAAUCAAAAAAGCAUAAGAAGAAAAGCAAAAAGAGGAGACAUAAAUCUGACUCUCCAGAAUCAGAUACUGAACGAGAGAAGGAUAAGAAAGAUAAAGAUCGGGAAAGUGAAAAAGACAGAAGUAGACAGAGAUCAGAAUCAAAACACAAAUCACCUAAGAAAAAGACUGGAAAGGAUUCUGGUAACUGGGAUACUUCUGGCAGUGAACUGAGUGAAGGGGAAUUAGAAAAGCGCAGAAGAACCCUUUUGGAGCAACUGGAUGAUGAUCAAUAAAUUAUACCAAAUAUAUGUUUAUAGUAUGAUUUAAAGUCUAAUUCAGACCAGGGAUUAUUUUACGUUCAAUUUACAUAAUAACACUGGGUUUUAAUUGUGUCACAGGAAAAAAAAAAGUGCAUUUAUGUAUUGUUAUUGUGGACUUUAUAAAAGCAAAGGAAAUUGAAAAUAACUUGAUUCUGUAUCAAGAAUCAUAUUUUCCUACGGUCAUAACUGUCUUUCUGUGACCCUUUCCUAGGGCACUGCAGGAUGGAUUAAAAGUGGCAAUUUACUGAUAGCUGCAGACGUCUCUACUUUGUUCUAAGUCAUGAGGGGAUUUGAUUUACUUUAUAGAAGUUGGAUUUUGAAGAUACAGUGAACAUUUUUUUUGAUAAUGUAGUACAAAAAAAAGCACCAGCAACCCAUGAUAAGAAUGCUUUUUUGUGCACUACUGAACUGCUGAAAGCCAACGUGAUCUUUUAUGGUGAGCUCUUAAGAAAAGGUGUUUUUGAUGGAAACUUGGUAGACCUUUAACUGGCAGUGCUCAUGAACACUGCUGUAAUAAAGCCACCAUUAUUUUUAUGAAACAUCUGAAUACAUUUUAAAAAGGCUAUGAGGGCAUUAUUUUGAGCAUCUAUUUUGAGGUGAUGUUUUAAAAUAGCUAACAUCAAAUCAAAUUGUAAAUUAAAUAUAUUGCCUUAAGGACCUACUAAAGAAUGUGCCACCAAACUUUUGAGUGAUAGUUGAAAUAUCCUUGUAGUAGGGGGAAGAAAAAUCAAUGUUGACUUAAACAUUUUCUUUGAAUUUUUAAUCCAAUCUUUCUCUUUCACUUUUUUUUUUAAUUCCAUUGAGGAGGUUGUAAAUUGCCUUCCUUACUCACUGAGAAGUAUUGACUCCAUGGUACACAGUCUAAAGCAUUUCUGAUUUCAAUAUUUUUGUACAUUUUUAUCUAUUAUUAAACCUUCUCUUGUAGUGUGCACUAGUGUUUAUUUCUACAUAAACUACUCAGCUCUAAGGAAAUUGUAUGAUCAUUUACAAGAUAAUAAAUCCCUAAAAUUUUGUUUCAUCCUACCAAUGGUAGCUACAUUAAUUUCCUUUUAUAAUAUUUAUGAAUAUAAAUCUGUGCAUUUGAGGUCCUUAGUGUUUUCACUUAUAAAUUUCCUAUGGAAUAUUUUAGAAAGGCAAUGGCUUAAGAUAGAAUACUCUUUACAUGCUAACUUUUGAAGGUUAGUAAUGUGAUUUAUACUAUUUUCCUUCAGUGCAGGAGGGCUUUGGUUUUGUAUGUGUGUAUGUUUUUGUUUCUUUGUUUUUUUUAAGUAUUCAGCACUUAGUCUUCAGUAUUAGGUAUUAUCUUGGUUCUUUUAAUUUGGACUUGCUGAGAUUGUCUCUUUCAAGCUGAGAUUUAGAUAGAACAUGAAUUGUUUCAUUGCCCUUUAAAUGAGUUGGGACAGAUCAGUACAACUGUUUUCCCAUCCUGUCCAGUGUUUUAAUUAAAUCUAGUGGUCACUUUAAAAACUCAGAAAAGGGAGAUACUUUGUUUCUAAACUUCAUUGCCAUGUCAUUUUCUGUUAUGAAAUAAGACAUGACUUUGUGAAAAAGAUCAUUAUCUUUGAGGAAAUGUGAAAUAAUCAAAGUGCUUGCUUGAGAUUAGUUCCCCAUUAUAUGUCACUCAAAAUAUCUAACAACUUUGGCAACAGAACUUCCUUGAAUUUGAUUGUCAGAGGUCCCAAUUUAACAGUAGUCAAGAUUGCUAAUGAGUCUGAACACUUGACAUGGAGGUCAGAGAGAGUCUUUAAAUCAUGGAUAUGAUAUUGGGAGGUAAACCAGUAAUGUUUGAUAAGAAAAAUUAGAAUCUGUAAAACAUGUUUUAAUUCCAUGAAUAACUUUUAAAGUACAACUUUAAAUUUUUGAUAUAUUUGAAUAAAAAGCUAUUGAUGUGUUUUGUUUUAGCAUGUCCUCAAAAUAGAUUUCUGUAUUUCUUAUAAUUUCUUCAUAUUUUCAGAUACCUAUAAAACAUUAUAAAUUAUCCCUGCAGUUAACCUAUGCAAACCAGACAUAGCAAAAAAUAUAAGUGAUUAUCUUGAUUAAACAGAUUUUUAAAGGCAGUUCUUGUGUUACUGCGAACAGAUCAAUAUCAUAACAACCCUAUUGAUUUAAAUAGAAGUUUUAUCUCAGUGUAUUGAAUUUUUACUUUAGGAAACUGGAACUGUAAUAUCCUUGCUAUAAAACAUGUAAAUCAAGUCUA